AUGGCCCGACAUGGUUUUACGAUCAAGUCUAAAGUGACAGAGGCUUUUAUUGAUGGCCGGUGGGAAUGGCCGGAAGAGUGGAGAAGUGUGUACCCUGUUUUGUUUCAACUUCGUCCUCUCUCUAUAUCCGAAAUGCAGGAUAGAAGAUUAUGGAUGAAUUCUGAUGGCAAGCUUGUUCCUUUCACGACAAAAGAAGUGUGGAAUCUUUGGACUCAAGACCGGAUUAUGAAGUGGAAUCAUCCAGUUACGGGUUCUAUGAAUCUGAUGUGCUGCUUGUUAUGCCAAUCAGGUUUAGAGACUCAUGAGCACUUGUUUUUUGAAUGCCCAUAUUCGAAAUCAGUUUGGCAUAAAGUAAGCCAUAAAGUAGAUAUGAACUCGAUUCAAGAGUCAUGGGAGAAUAUUUCAGCUUGGUUGAUCGCUAGAGCCAACUCGAAAUCGGUUUUCUCUGUUGCGAGUAGAUUGGUGGUGGCAGCCGCAGCUUAUGUAAUUUGGAGUGAACGUAACGCUAGAUUUUUCAGUAAUCGUUUAAGACCUCCGGAGCAGCUGGCCGAUAGAAUCAUUAGCACGGUUCGAACAAAGUUAAUCUCUUUCAGGUACAAGCAAACUUCAAAUGUCAAGCGCUUUAUGGAAGAGUGGAAGAUGGAUAAAGAAGAUUUCUUGGAUGAAGACUUCUUGGAUGAAGACUGA